ACAGCAAUAAAACUGUUUAGUGCGAAUGUUAGGAACGUUUCUUUGGGAUAGCAGUGUAGUGAAAAACUGUAUUACAGGCCUUCCAUCAUGCGUUGUUAUCUUCCGAUUGCCUUAGCCUUACUUCCCCUCUACGUCAGUGCUGAGCUGCUCAAAUUAACUGAUGACGUCAAAAACGCAUUCGUAAAAGCCCACAAUGAUGCGCGUGCUAAAGCCGGAGCCAAACCGUUGAAAUGGCACAAAAACGCCGAAGACUAUGCCAAAAAUCACAUCGCCAAGUGUCUCUUCGAACACAGCAAAACAAAGUACGGAGAAAAUAUGUAUGCAUCAUCAGCCAAACCCGGCAACCUCUUAAGUGACGCAGCCGCGGCAGUCAAGGGCUGGGUGGACGAGAAGAAAUUCGCCGACCCGCCCAAAUGGAAGUGCAUGAGAGACAAAUGUGGUCAUUACACCCAGGUCAUAUGGAAGAAAACAAAAUACGUUGGCUGCGCCAUCAGUAGCUGUAAGGGCAAGCAUCGUACCAUGAUCGCCUGUGAAUACUACCCACCAGGCAACGUCAUUGGUCAAGAACCGUGAAUGACGUCACCCAGACACACACAUCACAUGCAGUCACGUGACCACCAUAUCAGAAAUCUUUCAAAAUGUGAUGUGUGAAAAUAAAAUAGAGUUCUUCUUCUUC